GGGAGUUUAGAGUGGUGGGCAUUGCCCAAAGUUACAACCUCUACUAGCUUAUAUAAAAGGAAGAGAUCAGUUUAGUUCCCUGUAGAAUUCUGUGGCUGUACAACAACUGCACGUGUUCAGCGCAGCCUUGAAGCCCAUCCCAUACCAGGCAUAUCCAUACAGAUUGAAAGGGGGAGGCGUGGAGAGCCUUUGUUACCUGUACCCAAUUAGAAUACCUGCAGCUACAUGGAAAGAAUUUAAGAUGUCGCCAAAGGAGUGGAACUGCAACCGAUGUGUCAAGGCUUCUGUACCGACGAAAUAUCACCGACAAGGAGGCCACUGCACCCGGUAUAACUGUACCUGGCGCACGAAAGAACCAGUGAGAAGUCAUUAUUCGGCUGCACAUUUAAAAUGAGAACGGCAAUAGGAACGUUCUGUUGGAGAACUCAUUCACCUUUCGAGUCGGACCCUCGCUCAUGUUGAGGUUUCGAACCGUUUAAUGAUCUUUUUCGGACAGCAUCACCUCGCAGCUCACCUGUGCACGUUCAAUAUGGAUUUCAGACGGUUUAAGAUUACCAAGGAGUUAAUAAUUGAUGUCUUUGAGAACGAUAUAUAUAUUUGCAUCUGGAAAGGUUGAACUGCCGAUGUGAACGCAAGCGUGACCACUUCGUUAGUGCAUGGCACGUCCUCAUAGCGGUAAUGAUCAUGCACAGACCCCUCCGACGGUGGAGUUUUAACGUGUUCUUGUGUUUUGGCAUAAUUUACCUGAGGCUUGGGGCCCUGUCCUCCGUGGUGGCGCUGGGUGCCAACAUCAUCUGCAAUAAGAUCCCUGGCCUGGCGCCCCGCCAGAGGGCCAUCUGUCAGAGCCGGCCGGACGCCAUCAUCGUGGUGGGCGAGGGCGCACAGCUGGGCAUCAAUGAGUGCCAGUACCAGUUCCGCUACGGCCGCUGGAACUGCUCCGCCCUGGGGGAGAGGACAGUGUUCGGGCAGGAGCUGCGAGUAGGCAGCAGGGAAGCGGCAUUCACCUAUGCCAUCACUGCGGCGGGCGUGGCCCACGCCAUCACGGCGGCAUGCAGCCAGGGCAACCUGAGCCAGUGUGGCUGCGACCGGGAGAAGCAGGGCUACUACAACCAGGAGGAGGGCUGGAAGUGGGGUGGCUGCUCGGCCGACAUCAAGUACGGCAUCGAGUUCUCCCGGCGCUUCGUGGACGCCCGGGAGAUCAGGAAGACCCCGCGGCGGCUCAUGAACCUGCACAACAACGAAGCGGGGAGGAAGGUUCUAGAGGAGAGGAUGAAGCUGGAGUGUAAGUGUCAUGGCGUCUCGGGCUCCUGCACCACCAAGACCUGCUGGACGACGCUCCCCAAGUUCCGGGAGAUCGGCUACGUGCUGAAGGACAAGUACAACGAAGCGGUCCACGUGGAGGUGGUCCGGGCCAGCCGUCUGCGCCAGCCCACGCACCUCAAGGUGAAGAAGACCCAGGGCUACCGCAAGCCCAUGGAGACGGACCUCGUCUACAUCGAGAGGUCGCCCAAUUACUGCGAGGAGGACGCCGCCACGGGCAGCGUGGGGACCCAGGGACGCCUCUGCAACCGCACCUCGCCGCACACGGACGGCUGCGACCUCAUGUGCUGUGGGCGGGGCUACAACACGCACCAGUACACCAAAGUGUGGCAGUGCAACUGCAAGUUCCAGUGGUGCUGCUUCGUCAAGUGCAACACAUGCAGCGAGAGGACCGAGGUGUUUACCUGCAAAUAAGGGGGCGUGGCCCACGAUGACGAUGGGGGCGGGGUUUGAGGACUAGCAGGAAGCAAGAGGGGGGGGGGGUGGAAACGAAGACGUGUCUUGGAACAAUGAGAGAUUUUGAAAUAAAUUGAUGGGAUUUACGAUAGCAGCUCUUCAUGGCAUCGUUUUGCACAGAGGAAUCAAUGUUUGCUUUUGAGAAAGUAAAGAAUAUCAUUAGGUGAUACCCCCCAGAUAUGGACUGGAGCAGAAUCAUGUGUGCUCGUGUACCGAUGUGUUCUCUGUGACUGGUGAGUCGGGACCACUGGCCUGUCCUGGACGAGAACUGUGCAUUGCACUCUGGGAUUUGUAGUCCUUUCUUCCACACAAAAGCAAAGACAGACCGAAACACAGGAUUUGGUCCAACAAUGACAGUGACUAUGAAAGGUGACUAGGAAAGAGUCCUCUUAAGUCCUCUGGUUUUCUUUUAUUCCGCGGAGGAGGACAGAGGUGAAUAUUUGACGCCCUCGGACUAGGGGGUUGUCUUCUGUUUUUGGAGCAAAGUAGGAAUGAAGAACGCUGUGUUAGCAAGGUGCCUCGAGGCGCACCAGGAGCUGAGAGGAGAGACGUCUACGUUUAAGGCCUCUGCUGCCAACUGGAAUACGGUGGAGUAUGUUAGUUUUCCAGUCACACUGGAACUGUCUGUUUGAACACUGAAAAUAAAUUGUUUAUUUAUGUUAUAGUAUCUUAAAACAAAGCACUAACGGGUAGAAAUGUCUUUUUUUUUGUACUAAGUGUAAAAAUACUUUUUUGAAACUGACUAAAGAUGCGUGUCUUUUAGAAAAUUGCCCCCCCCCCCCCCCCCCCCCCCAAGAAUCCCCCCUGUUCUAAAAUGGUAUAUCCCUACCAGUUUGUUGACUACAAGGCAACAUGACUGUUUUCACCUUCAGACACAUCGGGUCUGUGUUGCUGUAGCAUAGUUUUAGUUUGCAGUCGUUUACGCACCAGAUAGGGUCUUCAGAACUCUUGCAUUUUCAAGCAUAGACAGUAGCAAAGAACUUUAACCACAAAUGAUCCUUCCUCAAGUUAUUAAACGUAAAACUUAUAUGUUGCUGGAUGUGUUGUUGAGUGCUGCACUGAUAAUAUUUUCUAUUCCGACUCCAAUGAAAUUGAAUAAACUCCCAUUUGACUGAGUUUUGAAACUGACUGAAAUUAAGAAUUUAAUCCAAAUGGUUUAAGUUGGAUGUUUAUAGACUCUUUCUGGGUUGUUUGACUAUUCAUCUCCAUGAAUAUUUUGUUAGUGACUUAAUUUUGUAACUUCACUCAAUAUCGCUUCAACUGUUGAUUGUUAAUUCAAAUCAUUAAGUUUCUCAGAAAUGACUAGAAAACCAUGUUGACAAUAAUAUCUUUGCCCAAAGGCUGCAUGUUAUUUGAAAACAAUACUUGGUAGAGUAUAAUUUUGGCACUUUAUAUCAUCUUCUCUUGCUCAAGCUUACAUAAUUAUGCUCUCUGUUGGUACUCUGACAAAAGUAUGUACUUAGUGUCAUAAGAUUGACCUAUCACACAGGCUCAUUACUCUUUUUUAGCAUAUCGGUUUACACAUUGAUGAAGUCAUACUUUUGCUCAUUCAAAGGUAACCACUCAACCUAGAUAAUUAUAGGUAGAUUUCUCAUAACAUGAUUAUGUGAUGUUGAAUUCAGAUCAAACAUAUCAGUCUCCAUGUCCUUUUAACAAUAGAUGCUUGGUCACUUGACAGUUUACAUUAAAUACACCAGAAAACCUUCCAGAAAACCGGAAUAAGACUAUUUCUACAAACAGGCAAACUGUAAACCUAGAUAUAAGCUUACAAACAUGGCUUUAAAGGCAGUUCUUGACUACUUGGAAAUUAAGAGACUGAAAACAAGCCACGUGCUGGCUAAAAUUAAACUUAAUAUAACUGCAAACUAAAAUACAUUUUCAUGCAUUAUUUUGAAAGUUACUUUUUAAAAAGUCACAACGUAACAUUUAACGCAGUAAUUGAAGAGAUGUGUAUCUUUUGAAGCAUUUGGCCCUCAUAAACAGCGUCUCCUGCUGAAGAUUUAACAUUCUGUAUUUUAUAGCUGAUGUUGGUGCAAGAAUGUUGCUGGAUGCAUCUCAUCCUAGUUGCUCGUGUCAGCUGUUCUCCAAGUAGCCAAAGCCUGUAAUGGGCUCUCUUCCUGCAAUGGAACACAGUCUUUAUAUGUCUGGCCAUUGUAUGUGUAUCGUUUUUUGAGCCAACAUUUAUAUAUAUAUAUAUAUAUAUAGAUAUAUAUAUAUAUGUAUAUAUGUAUAUAAAAAAUGUCCCUUAUUCAGAAGUUCCAACCACCCUUAAUAUGACUAUUGGCAAUGCAAUGGAAGCAUAAAUCAUUAAAUAUCACAAAUAAAUAAAUCAAACAGCA